CAAUCGGUACCGCGCAUAUCGAGUAAAAAGUUGUUUUUGUCAAUAUAUAUGACGCAUUGGUAAACUAUAAGAAUAAAAAUCAAUGAAAUAAGUAACAAAUUAAUUGCGUAUACUAUCUUACAUUUACAAAAUAAAGUACAAGAAAAACAGAAUCUACAAAUAGAAAGGCAUGGCGCAAAUUCUGGAAAAUCAAUUAUUUGCUGCAGCGCAGGUGAUUGAGCAGCAGAUUGAUCAAGAGUGCGAUCGUUUGGACAACUUGGAUUCUGAUGACUUGAAGACGUUGCGUGAAAAGCGUUUACAAGAAUUGAAAAAGUUGAACAAUAAAAAACAAGAGUGGCUCAAUAAUGGUCACGGCACAUAUACGGAAUUGGCCGACGAGAAGGAGUUCUUUGAAGUGUCUAAAAAGUCACCGGAUAUUGUUUGCCACUUCUACAGAGAUUGCACCGAACGCUGCCGCAUUGUCGAUAUGCACCUGAAAAUACUCGCCGCCAAGCACAUUGAAGCGAAAUUCUGUAAAGUAAAUGCGGAAAAGACUCCUUUCCUAACGCAACGUCUGCGUAUUAAAGUGCUGCCAACUAUAGCUCUGGUUAAGGAUAGUAAAACUAAGGAUUUCAUUGUGGGCUUCACUGAUUUGGGAAACUGCGAUGACUUCUCCACAGAGAUGCUCGAGUGGCGUAUCGCCCACUCGGGUGCUAUUGAGUACAAAGGUGAUUUAAUGCAGCCGCCAGAUGUUAAGCGAAAACCGUUCAUCAACCGCCCACAGAAAACCAUUCGCGGCGGCUACGACUCCGAUGAUUCAGAUAUUGAUCUAGACGACUAACCUGUCGCCAACAUACAAGUAGUGUUUGGCAUUCGGUAGCGACUGAGAAGUUCAAGCAAAACAAAAACAAAUCACAAAUCAAAACUCCUAGCACAUGAUAAACACAAACCCCAAUUAGGCAUAAUUUUAGCGUUAUUUAAUCAUAUUUUUAUAAAUCCAAUCAAGCUGAUGUACACAACAGUUUUCUUUGAGAGCUUAUUUAGUUGCCUUUACCAUCACAUGUAUCUUGCUUUAAGCCCCCCGACCCACGCACACACACAGCAGCUGUCUCUUCUCCUGUAACAGGCCUUAUAUGCGUACUUUUGGCACAAUAUUAACACAUACUAACUCAAGUAAUUUACUCACAAAUGUAAAAGACAAACUGGUAUACAUAUAUAAAAACACAUAUAUAUAUAUAUAU